GGCUUUUUUUUGCUCCAUCGUGCUUCAUUCUUUCGCUUAUAUUCUCCUCGCCACGUACAUAUACAUCACUCAGCAUAAGACAGCCGGCAAAACGGUAUGCGGAACCAGGAGGGCCAGACGAUGUAAAACGUAGAAGAUGUUGAAGGAAAAAAGUUCGUUCUUGUUCUUGGCGCGAUCUUUUGGUGACUGCUGCUGUGUCUUGUCUUAAGGUGGUUUCUCGUUUUUUGUUUUGUUUUGAGUAAUGCUUGCGCUCCACCAUUGGAAAUCCACAUUUCGAAGCUACAGAAAAAAUAGGCCAGUGCUUAAAGUAAGGCAGUGUUUAUUAAAAAAAAAAAGAAAUCCCCAUUAGAAUGUCUCCCCAGAACCGCUGACCAGAGCGCGGGCUGUUGUAUGUUGAAUGUUUAAUAGAAAAGAAAAGCGACGCGUGCUACCGUGCCCCAGUGUCGGUGCCGUUACGGAAAGUGGUGCAAAUGGCAAAUCAAGCAAAUGAUUGCAAGAAUAUACCAGGUCCGGCGACCAAUCUGCAACAACAGUGUAGUGCAAUCGUGGCGUAUUGAUUCAAUGUUUAUCUGAAUAGGGGCUUGGUUUAGUAGUGAGGAGGUCCGAUAUUGCCCCAGAGCUUCUGCUAUUUUCGAUCGCGUGGAAGUAGCUGCUUUUUUUCCUUCUCUUCUUCGUUUCUUACCCGCUUGGUUUGGUAGGUGCAAGUGAAACAUCUAACAAGGCUGCCAGGCUGCGAAUCAGGAAGUGAUUAUAUCCGAACGACUAAAUGGGCUUGGUCGGUACGCUUUCCCGCCAGUAGCACAACAAGAAACAAAACCCGAUCGGGGAGUGUUUUUGAGGACCCGGGCACCUCGGGCACUCGGGCAAAAUCACCAGCAAAUGAAGUGCUAAUCGGCUAAUCUCACUGAUCAGGGGAUGAGCAAGAGAAGCCAACUGGAUACGGCUGUAACGAUUUGAUGCAGAUAACCUCAAUCAUUUGAUGCUCAUGGGAAAAGCAAAGCUCAAAGUAUCUAAGCCGAGAAAGCUGCAAUAGACGUAGACGAGUUUUUGGGAAACUGAGAUACAUUAAGCCCCGAAGGACAUAUUGGAAUGAUCAAACGAUUAGCUAAUGUCAAUGUACUCAGCAAAUUGCAUUCGUAUCCAGAUACGGGCACGAGCCAUUUGCUAUGGCAAGCAGAGUACCGCACACGAACGAAAUGUCUCCAACGGUACAAACGGAAGCGGACCUCGAGCCGUCGACAGUAGCAGUGAAAGUAGCUGAAGAAGUGGACAUCACCCUGAAGGAGGAUCAUCGCAAGGAUCGUAGGUUGCAGGGUUCCUUCCGCUCAGCGCCCGCGCCCGGCAACAUUACCAUCGUUAUCGAUGCGGAAUGUCACAAUGUUGCCAAUGAUAGCGGUAGCGGGAAUAGCAGCAAUCGUAAUAACAAUAGCGCUAGUAUGAAAUGUCUCAAUUUCUCCACUUCGCCCCCAUCCGUAAGCGAAUCGCAUGCAUCUCCGAAGGGUUGCAUCUCGACGACAAACACGACGACCGCGACGGGAACGACCGGAACGGAGACCGGUGGGCUAGAUACGUCCACACCAUUAGAUAGUGCAAAGAGUAAUCAAUUCGUCAAUCAUAGCUUUAGCUGCAGGGAGAUGGGUACCAGCGGUUCCGUGGUGGUCAGCGAAGGUGCUACUGCAUCGCAACCGCGGAUGGAGCUGGCCCGGGGAUUUGCUGAUGUGAUGCGCGUGUCAACCAGUGUCCCGCAGCCGGUAACGAUCCAAACCGAACCCGAUACACCCGAUGGUAGGGGAGGUACGACAGAUAAUGACGACAUGCUGGAAGCUUCUAACCGUUCCGAAUCGCAGCUCGAGAUUAGUGCCGCCGGUAUCGUGCCGCCCGGGUUGAAAGGGCGUGUGUUGCCCAAGCUGCAGACGCUCGAUCAAACGAGUCGGCCGAUUUACCCGAAUGUGCCCUACAGCCCCUACAACAGCCCGUACGGUAGCCCGCGCAGUGGCCGACGUAGAACACCGUUGCGUGAAUCGAGACGCGUUUCGAUCGAACAGUCGGGCAGUUUCCUGCAGCUCAACCAGUACAAACUGUUGGAUCAGAUUGGACAGGGUUCGUACGGGUUGGUAAAGUUGGCAUACUCGGAAGAAGAUUCCACACACUACGCGAUGAAAAUCUUGUCGAAAAGAAAGCUGCUCCGUAAGGCGGGGCUGAUGCGCCGGGGACCGAAGCGUGGUACAUCGCCCUUGGAUCGGGUAUACCGUGAAAUUGCCGUACUGAAGAAGCUGGACCAUCCGAAUGUGGUGAAGCUGGUGGAAGUGCUCGACGAUCCACUGGAGGAUUCGCUCUAUCUAGUCUUCGAAUUGGUGCAACAGGGGGAAGUGUUGAGCAUACCGACCGACACUCCCCUGAGUGAGGAACGUGCCUGGAAUGUUUUCCGAGACGUGCUGCUGGGCGUGGAAUAUCUACACUAUCAGCGCAUUAUCCACGGGGACCUGAAGCCGGCAAAUUUGCUACUUUCCGAUUCUGGCAGUGUCAAAGUGGCCGACCUGGGUGUAUGCAACGAGUUUCUUGGCGAAGAUGCCGCCAUGAACAAUGGAUCGACGGCUGGAACACCGGCAUUCCGUGCUCCCGAAACGCUGCUACCUGGGCAACACUUCUACAACGGUAAGGCGGCUGACAUCUGGGCGCUUGGGGCUACACUGUUCUCGCUCGUACACGGCAAUGUACCAUUCAUUGCCACCUCGGUGCCGGGUGUGUACGAGAAGAUAAAGAACGACCCACUGGAGUAUCCGGAGAAUAGCAGCAUCGGCGAGGACCUACGUGAUCUGAUAAGCCGCAUGCUGGACAAGGAUCCACAGCAACGUAUCACGCUGCCACAGAUUAAGGAACACACGUGGCUUACCAGGCACGGCACGGUACGGAUUCCGACGGAGGAAGAAAACUGUCGACUGGUACAGAUCAACGACGAGGAUAUGAACAGCGUGGUUAAAAGCAUACCGAAGCUGGACACGCUAAUACUUAUCAAGACCAUGCUGAAGAAGCAUUCGUUCCAGAAUCCAUUCACCAAAGGCAUAUCGGGCCGGGCACCGCAGGCGGGUGGUUCCCGGCUAGAGCGCUUUUGUCGCUCGGGGCGAUCAAACUCAGCUCCUGGUGAUUACCACACCUCCGAGCGCCAACCUUCCAACGAAUCGCUGCUUCCGUCGGUUACGGAAGGUGUGACAAGCCCACUGGGCAGCCCGGAUCCCACCACCGGUAGCAUCAUCUCCGAGCUAGAUAGCCUUACCCUUCGGUCAGACAUGUCCAAUCCAUCGUCCAGCACCGACAACGAUACCACUACGGUAAAAAUUAUCACCACUCCGCCAGAGUAGCCGUUUUGCCGUAGACUGCAAUGUAGAGGCACUGUGCGCUUCGUAGGUUCACCGGUAGAAACCGGCCAGUUUUGCAUCUUCUGUAUAUGCUUGAUACUAGAUUUUGGUAGAAAUGUUACACUAGUGCGAGUUUUACCGUUCCUUUCAAAAACUAACCACAAACAUGUUUUCUACUUUCAAUUUCUUUCCCGUUUUCUCUUUCUCUCUUUCUCUCUAACCUUUUUUUGUGUUGUGGGAUUUUUUCCUUCUUUUUUUUUAAAUCAUAAUCACAUCGUACCAAUUCGCGUUCGAUGGUUUUUUAUCUUUCUUCCCAAAUCUAGUCCUUACUUAGCACCUCCUACUUCGAAGUACUGCUUUAGCUUUACUUGCCUUUUUUUCAGCUGCGACACCAACAGCCGAAGGCUUCAUCGUCCGUCGAUAGGGUACAGCGGAAGCGCCGCAUUUCGUAGAGGAUGCCAAACACAAUUUAAUUCACUCACACACACACACGCACACACUAAACCACGAUUUGCGAUGCGUAACGUGGGUAUAGAACACUAACGCCUGUCAAACUGUGACAGCUAGUGAAACAACUGUCAAUUUGACAACUACUUAACGAUAAAAUGGUAGUUUGUAGAAUUUAACGCUUGAAUGCGUGGGAGAAAAAGAUGUGAGCAAAUUCGAAGAAAAGAAAUGGAAAAACACACACACAAUUAUUGGGCCAAAAGUAACAUAAAGAGACAAAAAUAGCUUUGGCAAGUUUUAAAAACGUGGUACGCUUAUUUUAGACGUACGACUACUUAGAUGGUUUAAAAACGAACGCCACAGGCGUGCACAAAGAAGGGAACAAUUGGUUACAGCAACCACUGUGCAAUAGGCGACCCAAAAAAAAAAGAAACACAUUCCUGGGGGAUGCUUUUUUUAGUGGGGUAAGGAUAGCAGGCGGAAUGGGAGGGAUAGUUAAUUACUUUAUAAGAACCACUUCAUGAUACAAGCAUGUUUCUAUUCGCUGUAAACAGCACAAGUCAUCAGAGUUAUUAUAUUAUUCUAGCGUGUACAGCGUGUCUACGCACGCAUCGUGCACAUUUGAUUCUUUAUCACUACUUGAAACGUGUCAAUAUUGCUGCUCUAGCACAAAUACAACAUUUGGUUAAACCGUUUUAACAUUCUAUUUUUAAUUUCCUAUUGUAUCUUGUACUGAAGAAAAGCAUUUUUAAAGACGUUCCAUGCAGCGUGGAGUAAAUGUCUUAAAUUCAGAAUUAAAUACGCUUUAAUACGGUAAGAAAGACACUCACAGUGUGAACGCAUUCGAUCAGAUCAGGCAGCAUUGUUGGGAUGUUUUAUCUAAACUGUAAACGAAUAAAAUGUAAUACCCGGUUAUUUAAGUAUAGUUACAAAACAUGGAAAGCGAACUCACACCAACACCGCCGUACUAAGGAGAUCAAGUCCUCUAAAGAUUAAAUGACGGUUUUUUCAUGUUUUACAUGUUUUGAACUGUGCUGUAGCGAAUUUAAAGUACUCAUCAUUCAUAAUCUCCCCCAUAAAAAAAAAUUGGAUGUGUGCACUGUGCCACGGGGGUGCGGUAAAACCUAUUUGAUAUUUCAAUGAUAGAUCUGACCAAUGCAUUGUAGCGAUAUUUAAGCGUUAGAAAACGGAUAGAUUUUUAAUUAAUCAGACGAGUUUCCUCCAAAGAAACGGGUUUUAGUGUUAAACUUUAGAUUCUUGGUUUUUUUUGCUUCAUAAUUUUUUUUUGCAUUAAAUGUUGGUUAAGCGUUACGAUCAAUCCACGAUGGGACGCGCAUCAACCCCGUUAAAGGGGGUUUGGAAACAUGCAGUGACUGAAGUGUCCAGAGCAAUACACUAUUAGCGCUAGAGUUUCGAACGAGGUAAGGAGGUAAGAAAUUGUAAACAGUUUAAAUACACAAGUCAUGAUAAAGCUAGCUAAGCCGAUUACUAAUUUUACUACAAUUACAAUUACAUUUUUUCCUAAUUCUAUCAAUACACUUGUCUAGAGAAGCAUGUUUAAAACUCAGUCAAUGUUUUUGAUCCAUUCACUGUUACACUUUUGCUGUUCCCCUUGUUGGUAUGUAUGUACCGAAGGCUACACAAUUAAAAUCAAUCCCAAGCGGGCAGACGCACGCCACGUUUUAACCCCGAAAGUGAUUAACAAUACAACGAGACAAUUACGCGUUUGGUUCCAUUAUUACAGAAUUACAAGAUUACACCACAUUUUAGUGUACGCAGCAAAGAAGGAACCAUUUUUUAAUCAUUACCAAUCCAAUCGUACACUGCGAGUCAAGCAUUAGCACUAAAUGCAAUGCUUUAAACAGUUAUUGCAUUGCAUUUUGUAAACUAGAGUCAGUGUACCUUUUCGCAAGGAGGGAAAACAUGUGAAAAGAAAGAAGAAACACAAAAGCGGGAAGCGUAGCGUAAUUGUUUGUUACAAUUUUAUCGUGUCUGAUAGCGUUUAUCAAAUCCCGCAGCAAACGGUUUGAAGUUUGUAAGCUGCAAAACAUAUAGCAAUUGUUUAACAAAACUUUCUCACACGAAGACUGCAGUGAGGAUGAUGAUUUGUGUGUUUUACUUUUUAUUUCGAUCAUUUUGUUCCAUUGGCAAACAUUGUUAACGAUACAUAAUAAUAAGAAAACUUGUUAAAUAUCCAAAAAAAAACAAAAAAAGAAAGCAAAACCUUUGCAAGAAAGGUUGAAAUUUUAUAUCGCUCUUUUAAUAACUUACCUAUUGAAGCAUAUCAUUGACAAGCUACAGCAGUUACAGCAAACAUACAUAAGCACACUUACACACAAAGUGGUAACAAAAAAUGCAUAAAGAAGGAAUGCGCUACAAACGACGAAUAAAUCGGUAUAAAGUCGUUACAAACAAAAAAAACAGCUCAUGGGUAAAUAAUAGCAGAUCGGUACAAACCCACAACUGGUGAUAUAAAAGCACGAUAAAAGCAGUGUUACAACAUUCACAAACACACACACACACACACACACACACACACACACACACACACACACACACACACAUUCGUUACACAUUAUACACAAGAUGAAACUAUGAACCGCGUUAGAAGCAGAUCUUUCUCCUUAUUAUAGAAUAAAGAAGUAAAAAAGAGCCGCCGCCGCCGCGGCAAACACAGACUUAAAGGUGGCUAAACUUUUUAUACGAAUCUUUUCCUAUUUCAAAACAAUUAAUGGCGGAAAGGAUACAUGCCAAAAAAAAAAACCCGCAAAUGUCAUAUACCAAUAGUCAUGAGCUACAAUUACUCUAUUGAUAACACACACUUACAUCCCUCUUUCUAGAUAUCGUAACGCGUGUAACGUGCAAAAUUUUAAGCUAGUUCAACAUUCGUUAAACCGCUUAUACGAACAAUUUGAACAUUUCUACAACUAUUACUACAGCUACAACAGUAAUGGCUAAGCUAUAAGCACACUUUUAUAUCAGCACCUACAAAUAUCUCUAUACGUAUAUGCACAACACAUAACGCACACACUUUGAAAAGUAUAUUUUUCCAACUUUACUCAGAUUUUGCUAGUAGUUGUUAAGCGAAUCGUUCUAAGGCUCGUCAGUUUAAUGAUGAACAGUAAAUAGCAAUACCUAAAUAGUGGUAAAAAACAAAACAAAACAAAAAAACACUUUCCCCUGUCCUUGAGUGCAUGUGCAGUUUCGAUCGGGUCGAUGUUCCGCCGUUUUGCUAAUUCCAAACCACCACAACAAAGGCUGGCAUCAACGCGAACAAGUUUGCCUAUUCCCAAAUUCACGCGUACGAAAUGCACGUUUCCUAUGCGUUGUAACCAGACAAUCACACGUUGCAUUAUACGGCGUUAUGCGUUCAAUUGUUUUCAUACACACAAAAUUAUAUCAAUUUUUUUAAAUAUAAUUUCUAUACUAUAACUAUCACCCCCUAAUCGGAGGUAAAUAAUGAAGAGAAAAGGAAUUGAUUUUUUUUUUUCGGUUUUGCUAUUGUCUUGAUAUGCAAGAAACAGUCAUUGUGUUAGAAACAAUUUUAAAUAAAAAGGCAACACGGUGGCAAGAUUCAAGCGAUAAGUCCUAGUCACAUGGUGUCUACUCAUGCUUUACACGCACUGUUUGAACAUCGACACAUUUGGCAAUAUAUUGACUUUAUCCCUGGUUUUAAAUGUGGGACCUCACACCACUCCGCCCCGCUUAAUGCUAACUGGCAAGAGACAGGAGAAAUACAUGAUAAAUUUACAAUUGAAAAAAUCUCGCGUGUAGAACCUACGAGCAGAACCAACUUCCCAUUCCUAGCUAAGUACUAAAAAAAAACAACAAAAAAAAAACGAAACACAAAAGAGAUAUACAAUCGAUCAUUAAAGCAAGAAAAUGAUAUAUACAUAUAUUAGAUUCUACAAAGCCCGAAAUGUGUUAAGAUUGAUCCAAAUAAAAUAAAUAAUUCGUUUUUUUCUAUUUUAAACAUCA